AAACCCAUUUACCUGGAUUCCUGAACCCCUGAACCCCUAAACCCCUAAACGCUUGUGUCCUCUUCUUCGAUCAGUACCUUUCUUAUAGCACUUCCAAAUACACAAGAUUACAUAUAAGAUCAAAAUGCCUGCCAACUUUAACGCACCGCGACCUUUCUCGGCCACGACGCCAGUCUACCCAAGCUACCUCCCCGCUCUGCACAAGUCUGGGCGUAUCGAGAGGAAAAUUGCCACCGCGACGGUCGCAGCCGUAGGAAUUGGAUACGGCUUGGCGAAAUACAAAGCCAUCAAGGCCGACAAGUGGCAGCAGGAACACCACGCCCAACAGGAACAGCUGUUCCGCAGCGCAGAAACCAUUCCAGCAACCGUGCCCAUACCCGUACCCACGGCAGAGGCCAGUCGGAACCAAGCCGUAGAGAAUGCCUACGGGGAUCGCACGAGCCUUACCGAGCUCGAAGCUGCCGUCGCGGUAUACGAGACGCGGCAGAAGAACUAAAGAACAGCUGUGUUGUCUUGUGGUAGGUAGCUAUUCGGGAAUGCGGGAAUGCGAGAAUGCGAGAAUGCGAGAAUACUCUUCUCCGUCGG